ACCAAGAUUUAUCAGGAAUAUGUGGCAAGGAGGGAACAACAGCUUAGAGUCUGAAGGUUCCGAUUUCUUGGAGUCCGAUCAACAGUAUCUUGUUAGCACUCCUGAUCGUGAUUUUGAUACUCCAAUGAGUACUUGCCCACAAAUGGAAAAUAGUGAGGGUACUGCUUCAAACUUCAGUGGUGAUCAUGAUCUCCUCUUUAAUGAUUCAAUGACCUCAACAACGUCAGCGGUCGUUGAAUCAGAGCCUCGGGGGCAGGGCAUUCCUGGAGUGGACGUGGCGUGUAAGAGUAACGUCACGCUGCCGAAAGGGAGUCCAUAUAGGGGAGUGAGGAGGAGGCCGUGGGGGAAGUAUGCGGCGGAGAUUAGGGACCCAAAGAAGAAUGGAGCAAGGAGGUGGCUGGGAACUUACGAGACACCUGAGGAUGCUGCUCUUGCUUAUGAUCAAGCUGCUUUUAAGAUUCGUGGAAGCAAAGCUAAGCUUAAUUUUCCUCAUCUAAUUGGUUCUAAAGAAUAUGAACCUGUUAGAUUGAGCUCCAAGAGAAGAUCCCCUGAGCCUGAAUUGGUGCACGAUAGCUCCCCCAAGAGGAGAAAAUGAAAAUGAGUCGCGCGCGAGCCAAGACAUCCCUUUGUAAUUCUCUAUAUUUCCUUUAGACUACUAUUGAGGUCUUGAGCGAUGAAUUAUUAGAAACCUAGUUAUGUUCUUAUUAACUAAUUAAUCGAAAAAGUCUUCUUGUCUUUC